GAUUUAGAGUGAGAGAAAAGUGGCGAUGGCGGGGAAAGAAGAAAACCGUAUAUUUGUGGGAGGCUUGUCUUGGGACGUAACGGAGCGUCAGCUCGAGCAUGCCUUUAGUCGUUGCGGGAAAGUUAUUGAAUGCCAGCCAGCACUCACACUUACGUACAGGCAGCAUUCACAUUAAUUCUUAUUAUGGUGAAGUUCAAGCUGAAUAUAAAUGUGGUUUUGGAUAUGUGAAAUUGGUGCAUGGAAGAAUUUUAAGAAAAUCAGACUGACCUGUUUGGUGUUUGUCAAAGGGACUUCUUAUGAGUGAUAGGUGCCAAGUUUGAGAUUCAUAAGUAAAUUCAUUAUAAUGGGAAUGGCUUGGGCGGUUAGACUAUGCUGAUCAGUGGACAAGUUUUAUAUUAGAGCAUGCCUGGAUUUUGUGCUGUUGAAGUGGAACUGUGAUUGAAUUUGUUCAAUUGAGCGAUAUAUAUCUCUUUUGCAUAAGGAAUUGUUUUCCCCUUUCCAAUCAAAAGAAAUCAAUUCCUUGUCUGUACAUUGGCCUCCAUCGGUCACUAUUAUGUGGCAGUGAUGAUUACUUUGAUACAAGCACUUCUUGUGCUGAAUAUUUCUCUUUUUAGCUCUAGACCCAGUUUUAAUGUUUGAUAAAAAUUUAAUUAGAUCAUAGAGAGUCAGAACAGAAGUUAAAGUAUCAUUUGAUGCUUCUAGCUUUUCUGUCAGUUUAGUUUCUCCAUAUAUAUAUAUAUAUAUAUAUAAAUGUUACAAGCACUGCUUCCAAUAUGUUUGAUUACUAAUUAUAGAGGCAGGGGCAGCAGAUAUGCCAACUUACACGCACACGAGAGUUCUGGUGAAAUUACAUUUUUAGUGAUCUCUGGAUUUAAGGUGGCAUCUCUGCUCCAUGCGUUUGAUUGAGAUAUGGAUUCCCUGCUGGCUAAUGUGACCAGAGAUAAUGUCUGGGAGCUAUGCUGUUUGUUUCUAACAGCUGAAUGGUUGGCCAUAAAUUUGCUUAGUGAAAUCUUUUCCAUAGGACCUUUCAAAAGGUGCUAGGAUUGUGUGAUGCUAUGUAGAUCAGUUGGUGGUUUUUUGUGCCAGUUCGAAGUUUUAUAUGUUCGAAUUCAGUUGAGGAACCUGAUCUUUCCACAACUUGGAGAGUUUAUAAUACUUUCUCAAUGGAACCUAAAACACAUUUAAUCAGAAAUUUUCUCUAGCCUGGAAGAGUUGAUGUCACAGAGGCUCAAUUGAGGACCUGUGGGUACUGCGUUUGACCAUCAAGAGGUUCCUAAUUGUCACAGGUCCUUUGGAUGCUUAAAGUGCUGGAGGUUGAAUGCGAUUGAUUUCAAUGUUUGAAUAUAGUUAACUGGUCAGAGGGGUUUUUGAUUUUGAGUGCUGCUGCUUUUGUCACUGUUUUUUACCUGGCUCCCACAUAAGACUGAUUUUUCUGUCACCUUGCUGGUAUGCUAAGUCAGUAAAGAGGCAGAAGAACUACCUACAUGUUAGGCAUAUAAUCCACCAGAAUGAAAAACUCUGAACGUUACACUUUUGUCUCACAUUUACUCAAAGAUUAUUGCUGCAUAAGAUUGCCUUCCCUUUGAGUUAACUAAGUGAAGAAGGAAGAAGAAUUUCAUACUGAGAAAAGGAAUGAUCCUCAGAGCUAAUAUAGUCAAUAUUGCACCUGUCUUGAUUGUUGCCAAUUCUGAAUUUCGGAAACUUGAUUGCUGCCAGAGAUAUUUUGUUUUGAGAUAUCCCAUGUGAUAUUUAUUAUAAAAUUGGAUUUGGGACAGAGUGAAUGCCGACUGCAGGAAUGGAAGAAACCUUUGGGUUUUUGAUGAUUUGUUGUUAUUUUUUGGCUACCCAUUGUUUAUACUUUCCUGUUUUCAAGUGGGAAAAUAAUAGUGCCCAUUAUAACACAGAUUCUGAUUGUGUAAGUCGGAUGUUAUUAUUUUGCAUUGAGAGACUGUUUAAAGGUCCAUCAAUCAAUGAAGUUCUGAACUGCUAUGGAAUGUGAUGAAAUUGUUGCCCGGAUUGGGGAAGUAAUUGUUGUAUGAGGUAUUUUGGUGUCGCACAAUUAUGGGUUUUGGAUGAAUUGAAUUGCUUAGCUCUAUGAAUAUUCUUCCAGUGCUUUGUCACCAUGACUCAAAAUCAUGUUGGAAAGGGACACAGGUCGUCCACGUGGAUUUGGGUUUAUCACAUUUGCAGAUCGUAGGGGAAUGGAGGAUGCAAUCAAGGAAAUGCAUGGACGGGAAAUUGGUGACCGCAUUAUCUCUGUCAACAGGGCGCAGCCCAAGAUGGGGUCAGAUGACCUAGAUCAUGGUUACUCAUCAGGUGGCAGAGGAAACUAUGGGGUGGGAGGCAGGGUCGGACAGGAUGACUGCUUCAAAUGCGGGCGACCUGGCCACUGGGCCCGAGAUUGCCCUCUGGCAGGGGGAGGUCGUGGUGGGGGUUCACUUUCUUCACGACCUAGGUUUGGAGGUGCUGGUGGACAUGGGGAUCGCCUUGGUGAACGUGAUCGAUUCAUUGAUGAUCGUUAUGAUGGAGGACGUUUUGGAGACAGGGAACGCUUUGACAGCCGAGAUAACAAAUAUGGCAACCGUGAUCACUAUUAUAGUGACAGGUACAGGGCUAGCGGAGAUCGGUUUGCAAAUGACUCGUAUGGUGGUUCAGACCGUUACCCACAAAAUAGUUAUGGGAAAGAUAGAGCCUAUGACAGGUAUGGCAGUGCAAGAAGUAAUGAUAGGUACGGAAGUGGAGUACCAGCACGAGAUCAAGGAAGGAGUUUUAGGGGCGGCAGACGUGGUGGUCCUUAUGACCGUCCAAGCCGGGGUGGUCGUCCGUCUUCGUUUGACCGCUACUGAUUGUUUCUUACUGUGUCAACCAGAUGUUGAAAUAGAGAUGCUGCAAUAGGGACUCUUUUUUCCAUUGAGCGUUGAUGACUCUGAACAUUGAGUUCCAUAGAUUUCAGUAUUUGUUAGGUUUUAUUCUACGCUUUUCGGAGCUUAUGCUUAUAUAUCCUAGUGGACGCAUUUAUCGGCUGUGUUUUAAGAGGAGGGGCAACUCCCUUUUUCAAGGUUGCUAAUUGCACAUAUCAUGCCUGCUUAAUGCUGGUGAUCACAUUUAUAUAAAGUUGCUUAAUGUAAUCGUAUUUUGAUUA